AUGUCGCCCCGGCCAUCACCGCCGUCGCGGACCAACUCGCGGCAGGCUGCCGACCACGCCCCGACAACACCAAGUGCCCUGCGCCAGGCCCAUACUCUCUCGUCGUCCUCGCUCUCCAACGACGGCCGCUCCGAUCACAGCGCCGACCCGGCGGACGGCAGUCGGCCAACCACCCAAGCUGGCCCCAGCACGCUUCCAGAAACGUCGGACGACUUCUCCGAGACCACCUCUCUGCUCCAUCACGAGCGAGCACACCCCGGCCCCUGCGACCAUGGCACCUUCUCCCCGCGCCCGAUGAGCCCGACUCCCAGCAGCCCUAGGGAAUCUGACCUUGACGUCGGGUCUCUGCUGGGCUCCGAGGCGUCCAUCGAGCGGCAAUUGAAGGGCAAUUGGAGGAAGACUCUGUCCUCCAAGAUGAAGACCAAGACCAUGACCAAUUCGAGCGCGCUCGCGGAACAGCAUGGUUUCAAGGACUCCCGUAUGAUGUACCUGUCAUACUAUGUCCCGUGCUUGAUUUGGAUGCGACAGUACAGCUGGUCCUGGCUGAAGGGCGACCUCACAGCCGCCAUCACCUUGGCAUCCAUGUACCUGCCCAUGGCCCUCUCUUACGCCGAUAGCUUGGCCCACGUCCCCCCAAUCAACGGCCUGUAUGCAUUCGUCUUCAACCCAUUCAUAUACGGCAUUCUAGGAAGCUGCCCACAGAUGGUGGUUGGCCCUGAGGCUGCCGGCUCGCUGUUGGUCGGAUCCAUAGUGAAGAGCAGCAUUGAUUCUGGUCAUGGUAACGACGAUAAUGCCGUCAUGCAUGCCCAGAUCGCCGGCGUUGCUGUUGGGAUGGCCGGGGCCACUGUUUUCAUCAUGGGCUUAUUCCGCCUCGGCUUCCUAGACAGUGUGCUCAGCAGACCCUUUUUGCGUGGUUUCAUCUCGGCUAUCGGCGUCGUCAUCUUUAUCGAUCAGUUGAUUCCCGUCCUUGGCCUAUCUCCCAUUGCAGCGAGCGAACCUGGCGUUGGACAUGGAAGCUCUGUCAAGAAGCUCGAGUUUUUGUUCACUCGACUUGCAGAUCUUCACAAGUUGUCCGCGAUCGUAGGAGUUGUAAGCUUUUUUGUCAUCAUGGUUCUCCGAGAAGUGAAACGACGCCUGCAGCCUAGAUAUCCAGGUGUUGCAUACGCGCCAGACCGGCUAUUUGUUGUGGUGCUAUCUGCGCUGCUCGCAUGGCAACUUCGUUGGGACGAGCAGGGCGUCCCCGUGCUAGGUGACGUUCAAACCGGAUCCAGCCAUAUCUUCGAGUUCCGCAACCCCUUUCAGAUUUCCCAUAUGAAGCACAUUCGUGAAGCUAUGGGAACCUCAUUCUUGAUCGGCAUGCUUGGGUUUUUCGAGUCGUCAGUCGCAGCCAAGAGUUUAGGCACCGGCGAGGUCAUUGAGGGCAUGCAGUUGAGUCCGAACCGGGAGCUCAUUGCCCUGGGUACAGCCAACCUUAUUGGGUCUUGCUUCAUGGCUAUCCCGGCAUUUGGUGGAUAUGGCAGAAGCAAAGUCAACAAGUCGACUGGCGGGACAAGUCCUAUGAGCUCCAUCCUACUCAGCAUCAUCACUGUGUUUUGCGUCAUAUUUCUCCUCCCUUGGUUCUACUAUAUCCCGAAACCUGUCCUGGCCGCGCUCAUAUCCGUGGUGGCAUGGUCUCUUAUCGAGGAGGCCCCGCACGAUGUGGCUUUCUUCCUUCGCAUUCGAGGCUGGACAGAACUUUCGCUGAUGGCAGUCAUCCUCCUCGUCACCGUCUUCUUCUCCUUGAACCUUGGCAUCGCCAUUGGCAUCGGACUGUCCCUUCUGCAGGUCAUACGGCACGCCACACGCCCUCGAAUUCAAAUCCUUGGUCGCAUUCCGGGCACUGAGCGGUUCGAGAAUGCCGAAGGAAACGCCGAGAGCUUGGAAUUCAUCGAGGGCUGCCUUAUCGUGAAGAUACCGGAGCCUCUGACGUUUGCGAAUACUGGUGAGCUGAAGAACCGACUAAGGAGGCUGGAACUGUAUGGCACUGGGCUGGCACACCCCGCGCUGCCGCGUUUGCGCCCCCUUAACAGCAACCGCAAUGUCAUCUUUGAUAUCCACGGCGUAACAUCUUUGGAUGGCUCGGGAACGCAAGUUCUUGAAGAAAUCGUACGAAAUUACAGAGCCAGGGGAGUGAGGGUCUUUUUCAGCCGUGCCCCUGGAAAAAAUAGCCAUAUUUGGAAGCUCCUAGAGAGAAGCGGUAUCGUGGAGCUUGUUGGCGGUGAAAAUCACUUCGUGCGGGACGUCAAGGACGCUCUACGGAUGACCGAGGUUGAGGACCUCGAGGAAACUGGCGCUUGUGCUAUUGCGAGUGACGAUUUGUCGUGA